AUGGGUCUCUUAGCACUGGGAACGGCAUUGGAGUGGCCAGAGGCCAAGCUACGCGCAAACCAAGUGAGAGAAUGGGGCAUCAAGCAACUAUUGGAGAUCUGGAAUAAAGCCAAGGGCAAAGAACGAGAUGCUCUGCUAUGGGGCGAUGAGGUCGAGUAUCUUGUUGUGACUUACGCAGAGGAUGAGCCCAAGGUGCUCCUGUCUCUUCGCCAGGCUGAAAUCCUCACAGCACUUGCAGCUGACAAGGAGCUUGCUGAAGCUGGCUGUGUACCUGCGCUUCAAGACGAGAAGCCUCCUGGGAAGCCAAGCAAAUCCUCCAAGACGUUGCCCGUCUUUCAUCCAGAGUUUGGCCGCUUCAUGUUGGAGGCCACACCUGGAAAGCCAUGGGGUAUUGGGCUGAAGGAACUCUUGGAUGUUGAGCCAGACAUGAAGCUCCGCCGAAAGAUUGCCAAGGAGCACAUGUUACCCACCGAGUUCCCCAUUACACUCACUACUUUCCCCCAGAUUGGCGUUCCAGGCCAAUUCACCUACCCAUUCUACCCUCCCUCUGGACCCAAGCUGCGGUCACAGUUUGUGCCAGACGAAAUCGCCAAUCCUCACAUCCGUUUCCCUACCUUGGCGGCUAAUAUCCGUUCCCGAAGAACCCGCAAGGUACAAGUCAAUGUGCCCAUCUUCCACGACAAAAAUACCCCCAACCCCUGGAAAGACCCUACCGUCAACUUCGACUUGCACAACUGGCCCGAGGACGAUGACGUGCGCAACGGAGCCGCCCCGGACAACUUCAUUCACAUGGAUGCAAUGGCUUUUGGAAUGGGAAGCUGCUGUCUUCAAAUUACUUUCCAGGCUAAGAAUAUUGUCGAGGGCAGAGAGUUGUACGAUCAGCUGAGCCCAUUGGGCCCCAUCAUGUUGGCUUUGACUGCAGCAACUCCCAUUUACAAGGGCUUCUUGGCUGGCACUGAUGUGCGGUGGAAUCAAAUUAGUCGCUCCGUCGACUGCAGGACACCAGAGGAGCUUGGUGAAAAGCCCCUCAAGAAUGACCGUUGGAGGAUACCAAAAUCGCGAUAUGCCUCAAACUCAACGUACAUUUCUACAAGUCCACGACUACGACCAGAGUAUCUCGAUCCCGAUCUGGUGAUUGACCCUGAGAUCAAGGCCCAGCUUAUGGAAGGCGGCAUGGAUGACCGUCUAGCUACUCAUUUUGCCCAUCUGUUCAUUCGAGAUCCCAUUGUCAUUUUUGAGGAGGACCUCCAAGAGCUUGACUUGAAAAAAACUGACCAUUUCGAAAACAUCCAAUCGACUAAUUGGCAACACAUGCGUUUCAAGCCCCCGCCAGCCGACAACAACAUUGGAUGGAGAGUCGAGUUUCGGUCCAUGGAAAUUCAAGUGACCGACUUCGAGAACGCCGCCUUCUCAGUCUUCAUGGUUCUAGUCACAAGAGCUAUCCUCUCCUUCGACCUCAACUUCUAUAUCCCUAUCAAGAAGGUGGACGAGAACAUGGAGCGAGCUCACGGCGUGGAUGCUGUCCUCAAGGACAAGUUCUAUUUCCGCAAGAGCCCCUUCCCACCCCGACCAUCCCGCGCAAACACCGUCUUUGGCGAUGAUAGUCGACCAGGCUCCGCAAUGCCCAGCCGGCCAGGGUCUCCCGGAGCUCUGCCUGUUGAAGAGGAAUAUGAGGAGAUGACAAUCAAUGAGAUUAUCAACGGAUCAGUCGACGGAGACUUCCCAGGACUGAUCCCCAUCGUGGAAAGCUACCUUGACAGCAUCAACGUAGAUGUCCAGACCCGGUGUGAGCUGUCAACUUAUCUCUCUCUCAUUAGCAAGCGAGCUAGCGGUGAGCUUGACACGGCCGCGCGAUGGAUUCGAAAUUUUGUCGACGCUCACCCCCGCUACAACCAUGAUAGUGUUGUCGACGAUGCCAUUACCCACGAUCUCAUUGGAGCUGUUGUGGCCAUUGGAGAACGGGAGAGCGCAGGCCAUGGUUUCGGCGGAUUAGAUGUUCCUGGACUGCCCAAACUCCUCGGGAAGUUCAGAAACACCGGCCCUGAGGUGACAACGUCAGACAAGAGUGUUGGCUCGCGGAAGAGAAAGAGUGAAUGGAUAGAGGGAACGACUGCCGAAGUCGGAGCAUGA